AUGGAAGAUAUGGAAAUGGAGACUCUGGGUGCGAACUGUGCGAAUGAUUAUUAUAACCACCCGAAAGAUCCUCAUGGUCACCCGCGACAGGUAACACGCGCGGGAGACAGAAUUAUGUGCAGACUGAUGUCUGGGGCAUUAUUCUUUAUAUAUAAGAGGCACAAGGAAACGGGUGCAACGGGAAUGGAGACUAACAAUGAUGAACGGUUAAAGGAGUAUGUGCGGUGUGGCAUACUAAAUAUGUUUGCAAAGUUUUUAAAGGAGUCAGCGUGUAAGGGCGACUGGGGUUUAUGGUAUGCCUGGUACACCAUGGAACAAAUGGACGAAUACAUGGGAGGAGUAAUGAAAAGGGUGAAUUGUGCAAAUGAAGUAUAUCAAAAUAUUCAAGCUGGAGGAUGGUCAAUGGAGCAGAGCAUUAAACAAUGGUUAAGUACGAACAAAACGCUAAAGGACAAAAUGGGCAAAGAAGGUGUAAGCAAUAUAUGCAAUUGGGCACUGGAUACAGACGGGAACAUAAAAGGCGGCAAGACUAAGGGGGAUGCAGGAAAUACGAGGGACAUGAAAGCCAAAAACGUAACGAAGAAAUUGACGGAAGGUAUAAAGGACAUUUUUGUGGACAUGAAGCAGGAGGUUACGGAAACCAUACAACGCCAGCGGCAUACUCAACAGGCCCCGGGAGUACAAGGGGUACAGACAACAUCAGGAUCAUCAUCAUCAACAUCAACACCACCGGGCACGUCAGAACCGGGUACUGCAGAUAACGUAGCUGGGGCCGUCGCCACACACGCGGACGGCUCAAAACCAGCAGAUACAGCAACGCCGGAAACCACACCAUCAAAGGACACGUCAGUCGAGCACAGCAACACUUCGUUGACGUGGAGGCAGGAGACGGACGGGGAUGGGAGCACGGGGGCAGGAGACGGACGGGGGUAG